GUAAUAAAGCAACAACAAUACGUUGUUCUUUACUAAAUGACAAUUCUAUUUACAACUAUCCUAUGGAUGAUAAUAUUAAAAGUAAUAUUCCAAAAUAUUACAGGUUAAGUAAUGAAAUGCUCAAUAAAGUUGAGUUGUAUUAUCAAUAUCAUAUUCAACCUAGUAAGAUAAUUAACUUACUCGAAAAUAAAUAUCCCGAUUACUCUAUUAAACUACAAAAUAUCUAUAAUGUAAUAAGCCAAUUAAGAGGUACAUAUAAAAGGCUUAAAAAUGAUGCUGCUGAUUUACUUACUAUAGAAAGUUAUUUAUAUAAACUUUACCAAUCAAAGCAAAGUUGGGCCUAUUGUUUUACAACACAAGUCUUUAAUGCUGAAAUUCAGAGUACACAACUUAUAGAAUACUACAAUAAUCUUAUUAAGUCUAGUGUUAACCAAACAUCGUCUUUGAUUAAAUUAAAUAAUGCAAUUCAGAAGCGUCUUGAUUCAGAAAAUAAGUAUAGUCGUUCUCAAGAGACUAUAAACUUUGAUCAUAAUAGCAACUUACAAUUAAUAAAACAUUAUGACAAUGAACCUGAACUUACUGAUAAAUGUAUUGAAGACAAUUAUAAUUCACAACAAAUACAUAUUAACUCUAUGCUAAACAAUAUGUUAGAUGAUAAAAUUCAAGAAGCUUAUUCAUUUUUAUGUACAUGUACUUGGCCAGUUAGUCAUAAAAUUUAUAAAGAUGCAUAUUUUAAUGAACCAGAAGACACUUUCAAUAAUAUUUUAUCAAUUCGACUACAUAAUAAUAAUCCUAAUAGACCUGUUAUACCAAUUCAAUCUAAUCAAAAUAUGUUAUUCAACCAAUUUGAUCAACUUAUCUCUAUAUGUAAAACUUCUGGAUCCAAAAAAUCUAAUAAAAAAUUCCUACAAGAUCAAAUAUGUUAUAGUAAAAGUUAUAAAUUGUUGCAAACCAUUCUAAUAUUAGUGAUGGAGAUAAAAACUAAUGAGGAAGUAAAUGAUUGGUGUCAUCAAUUUAUUCAGCAAAAGAAAGAGCUUCUAAAAGCUAAUACUGUGUCAAGUCAAGAUUAA